AUGAGUCAGUAUACAGGACCACAACGAAAAAAAAAGAUUAGAGCUAGAUCCUUAAAGAACUUUCUGAAUCUGAAGAUACCCGAGAUGACCCUAAAGAGUUUGGAGAGCUCAACAAAGCAACAAAUAUGCAACAUUCUUGAGGAGGACAACUGGCGACUUAGAGACGGAUUUGUAAGGGGAAUUCUGCCUGAAGAUGAUCUGAGAGAAGGCAUUUGGUAUGACAAAAGAUCGAAUGCUUUAUACGAGCAUUGUGCAAAUUCAAAGGUUGUAACCAUAUUUAUUCGUGUAGGUAACAAGAUGAUGAUAGAGGAGACCAAACGCAGUAUCCAUGAUGCAUUGUGCGUUGCUAGAAAUCUGAUACGUAAUAACUCAAUUGUAUAUGGUGGGGGAGCUGCAGAAAUUUCAUGCUCAAUUGCAGUUGAAGCUGCUGCUGAUAAAUAUUCAGGAGUUGAACAGUAUGCGAUCAGGGCAUUUAAAGAUGCUUUGGAUUCUGCCCCCAUGGCUCUUGCUGAGAAUAGUGGUCUGCAACCCAUUGAAACACUGUCUGCAGUCAAAGUCCAGCAAAUUAAGGUAUUUAUCACUCUACUUUCUAGCAUGAGGUGGCAAAAUGGGCACAACGGGUAG